AUGGAACCAUGUGAGCAGUCUAGUGAUGAUCUGAAGAAAAUACAGCAGGCAAUCAAAACGGAGACUGCUAAGUCAAGAAUGGAUAGCAUUGACGCAUCUCUACCCCCAGACGUACUACUUUUGGUAAUGCAAUCAAAAGAUAAAGGAGCGACCUCUUGGCUAAACGCCAUACCACUCAAAGACCAGGGUUUAGCCCUUAAUAAGCAAGAAUUUAAAGACUCGUUGCGAAUGAGAUACAAUCUAUCUCUGAAUGAUCUACCAAGCUAAGCCAUUGUGCGUGCGGAGAUCGCUUCAACAUCAAUCAUGCCCUCACAUGUAAAAAGGGGGGUUUCGUGGCUCAAAGGCAUGACGGAGUUCGCAACUUGCUCACCACGCAACUUGGUAAAGUAUGUAAGAACGUGGAAAUAGAGCCACAUCUCCAACCCCUAGACAACGAAAGAUUCAAUCUGAGAUCGGCCAUCAUAAGUCCUGAGGCGAGAUUGGACAUGAAAGCGGACGGUUUUUGGUUAUGUGGAGCUGCGGCAUUUUUUGACGUAAGAGUGACGCACGUAAACUCAAAAUGUAACCAGGACCCCCCAACUCAGAUGAUUUUCAAGGAACAUUCGAACGAAAAGAAGAGGGAAUACCAACAGAGAGCGUUAGAUGUUGAAAUGGGCUCUUUUACGCCCCUUGUUUUCGGGACUAGUGGUGGAAUGGGGAUUGAAUGCCAAAUGUUUCUUAAAAAGCUGGGCAGAAACUGGCAGAAAACGAUAAUGAACGAUACGCAGUUAUCAUAG